AUGAAGCUCUCCGUUGCUAUCUUCGCUCUCUUCACCACCGUCGCGAUGGCGGAACUUAAGAAAGUCCCUCGUUCGCAAAAGAUCCGCUCUCGGCAGGCGGGUGACGCCCAAGUCCAAUCGGCGUCCAUGACGACCGCCAACGGCGAAGUCAUCCCCUUCGAUGCCGCCAACGUCUACCAAGCCAGCAAGGACGCUGGCCUCUAA